GAGGAGCGGAUUAUCGCCCGCCCCUGCUCCAAUCCCAUUGGUCACCAUGCCGACGAGGCGGGUGGCGAUUGGCUCCCGGUCACGCCCAUCAGCUGCGGGGGCGCGGCGGUCAGUGAUGGCGGGCGGGCGGCGGGCGGUGACGGCGGCGCUGCUGGCGCUGGGCUCGGUGGUGCUGGCGCUGGCGGCCGCCGUCCUGCUCCGCGCCUUCGUCCUGCGAGCCCCGGCCGGGGUGCCGCGGCUCUGGGCACGGAGCGCCGGCACCGCCGCCUUCAGCGCCGGCGAGCGGCGGGAGCUCAAGGAGGCGCUGCGAGGGGCCAUUAAAAUCCCAACUGUGUCCAGGUCUCCAGAGGAUUUGAAUACAACUGCCAUGGCAGAAUUUGGGACUUACAUUCAGAAAGUCUUCCCGGCUGUAUUUUCAUCAAAGUUCAUCCAACAUGAAAUUGUUGGCAAAUACAGCCACCUGUUUAGAGUUCAGGGCUCUGCCCCUGGCCUGCUGCCCUAUAUGCUGCUGGCACACAUGGAUGUGGUGCCUGCUCCCCCCGAGGGCUGGCAUUUCCCUCCCUUCUCAGCCGCAGAGCACGAAGGUUUCAUCUACGGACGAGGAACGCUGGAUAACAAAAACUCUGCCAUUGGCAUUCUGCAAGCUCUGGAAUUCCUGCUGAGGAGGAAUUACAGACCCCGCCGCUCCUUCUAUGUUGGCAUUGGCCACGAUGAGGAGGUGUCUGGGCUGAAGGGAGCAAAGAAAAUGGCAGCUCUGCUGGAAGCCCGAGGAGUGAAGCUCUCCUUCCUGCUGGACGAGGGGAGCGCCGUGCUGGAUGGCAUCAUUGCAGGGGUGAAGAAGCCGGUGGCUAUGAUUGCUGUCACAGAAAAAGGUUCAAUGACACUGAACUUCACUGUGGAAAAAGAGCCAGGGCAUUCAUCCUUUCCUCCUAAGGAGACAAGUAUUGGCAUUCUGGCAGCAGCCAUGUCCAGGCUGGAGCAGAAUCCCUUGCGCAACCUGUUUGGCUACGGCCCGGAGCUCAUGACCAUGGAGCACCUCGCAGCAGAGUUCAAGUUUCCUCUCAACAUCAUCAUGAGCAAUUUGUGGCUGUUCUCACCUAUUGUCAGCAGAGUCCUUGCCUGGAAACCUUCCACCAACGCCUUGAUCCGAACGACCACCGCAGUCACGCUGUUUAAUGCAGGAAUCAAGGUGAAUGUCAUCCCCUCCUCUGCAAGAGCCACGGUGAACUUCAGGAUCCACUCAGCUGAGACAGCUGCUGAGGUGCUGGAGGCAGUCAGGAGCACCAUUGCUGAUGACAGAGUGAAGAUUGAUGUGGUGGAGGCCUUUGACCCCCUGCCCAUCAGUCCUUGGGAUGAGCAGACAUUUGCAGUCCAUAUUUUUCAAAGAACCAUCCUGGACACUUUCCCAGAUGUGGACAGUGUAGUCCCAGGCACGUGCAUUGGAAACACGGACAGCAGGCACUUCACCAACGUCACCAAGGCCAUUUACAGGUUCAACCCUCUGCUCCUGAAGCAGGAUGAUCUCCCCAGGAUCCAUGGGUUGAAUGAGAGAAUCUCCAUUGAGAAUUACGAGAAACAGGUGGAGUUCCUCUUUCAGCUGAUCCAGAACUGUGACAUUGAGGCACUUCCAGAGCCCCACGCCAACUCCCACGAGCUCUGAGGGACUUCUGGGAAGAGCAGCUGCAGGUGGACUCUGGGACAGGGGGCUGAAGAUGCAGUUGUGUCUUGUGUAUUGAGCUACAGCUGGAAUUUGGGGUUUUUUAUAUUGUGGUUUACAUACAGAUGGGAAAAGUGCUGGUUGUGUGAUAGGAACCUGGCCAAACCCAACGAAUAACCCUGAUUUCUGCUCUCCGUGGGCUGAUGUGCAGCCAUUAAUCUGACACUAAUUUUUUUCAGCACUUUAAACCUCUGAAAUUGGUAAUCACUAAAAAUCUAAGCUGUAAUCAGCACGCACGCACUCACCACUAGAAGGUGCCUCAUCCUGUGUGCUUCUGACAAACUCCUUUUUUUGUGGUGGAUGGAUCUUUCUCAGGUGAGCACUCUGCCAGAAGCUCACGGGCAGGGUUUGUGGUGUGGUGAAAGGGUUCCUGUCACCAGUACAGCCACACUGAGAGGUUCUUGCACUGCUGCUGGGCACUGCUGCUUCCCAGGGGAUUCUCCCAGGGGACUCUCCCGGGACUCUCCCAGGGGACUCUCCCAGGGGAUUCUCCCAGGCUGCUUCCCAGGGGAUUCUCCCGGGGGAUUCUCCCAGGGGAUUCUCCCAGGCUCCUUCCCAGGGGACUCUCCCAGGGGAUUCUCCCAGGCUGCUCCCAGGGGCUGGUCCAUGGUACUCUGAGCCAGGCUCGGUGUUCACUCCCGUGGCUGCACUGAUUCCCGACUCUGUUUUCAGGUACUCCAGAACUUCUGUGUUGUUGUAACUGAGGAGGUGCUGAAAACUUUCCUUCCCAUCAUUUUAGUGAUGAUUUUUUGCCCUCCCUGACUCCUGUUGUGGCUCGGGGUGUGUUUUCAGCUGGGUGUCAGAACCAGGGAUUGCAGCUUUAAAUGAGGAAUUAAAUCCCUGUUGUCUGCUCAUCUCUUUUCUCACUGAAUCACUUUGUGCUUCCCCUUUGCUCUUCUGAGAACCUGAUUGUGAAAGAUGUGAAGCCCUUCAGUUUUCCCAGUUCAGAGGGCUCCGAGGUUUGUUCCUUCACUGCCAGUCAAGCAAUUCCCACUUUCCUGCUCAGUUUUUUGGGAAUCCUGGGGAAGGCAGGCCAUGGAUGUGGACUCUGCUUCAUCUUGCACUUCUUGCCUCCCUGUGACAGCACUAAAGGGAUCAGCAUUCUUUUGGCCUUGGCAGUUGGGGUUACCAGUAUUAAUUAGACAAAUAAUUUAUUGAAUCAUUUAUUUAAUCAUUAAUUUAUUAAUGGAAUUAAUUCUAUCAAUAAAUAGUUAACAAAGUGAUGUUAGCCAAAGAAAAGCCUGAAAGCUGCUGUGUGACAGUGGCGGUGUCUGUGCUGCAGGGACCAGUGCAGCACCUCCUGCUGCACACAUGUGCCUGUUUUUCAGAGCUUGAAUUAUGCACUGGAAUGGGUGGAUGUUCUGCUCUAAAUUCAUACUGUGAAAUGUGCUGGAAUGUACAGGAAAUACCCUGAAACGUGUCCUGAAAAACACUGAUGGAACUGUGAUCCCGAUUUUUUCCGUUCACCGUUCUCUUAUUUAUUUGUGGUCUGAUCUUAUCACCGUGGCCAGAGGGCUCCAACUGUAUCACUGAAUAAUUGAAACAAAACUGACAGUUUCAUCUAAUAAAACGAGGAAUGUGAA